AUGCGUAAACCAUCCGUGGGCCAGAUCGUGUAUAACGCCACGUUUCCACGACCUCGCCCAAACGAUCCCGGUUCGUUUGGCGCUCACAUUACUCGAAACCUCGUUCCAGAAGUACGUGUCGAAACAUCCCUUUUCUACGGCUCGCUAGACUGCAUUGAAGCACAAUACCCGGGGCUGGACUACUCGUAUGGACCGCAUCGCAUGCGACUGAGUCGAUUCCCAUGGCACCGAAAGCUGUUCCGCACCUUUGACGAACUCGGUCUGACAGAGGAGGAGAUCUCCAACCUCUGUCGGUGGGAGGGGACCAAGUCUGCGCGUCAGAGGUACGAGGCAGAAGAAGGGAUUAUCGUGCGGGACACCACAGCCCACUCAGUCCGACCGGCAUCCCCGCAACCCGCCCCUUCAAUCGAGGUCCACUUCAACAACUACGACUUCUGCGGGACAGAAGAGGAAGAUGACCAGAUCAUGGAAACCCAGAGCAAUGAUACGGUCCGUGCGAUCGAUUCCCGUGCCUCCAGUUACCGGUCCGCCGAGGAAGAGCAUGAAAUCGAAGAGGAACUCAGUGAUGAGGAAAUGGAAAGUUGUGGCGUAGCCCUCAACAACCAGAUCCUUGCUGCCAUGGCUGCGCGCGACCAAGGCACUGAUGUGCCGCUGGACGAGGACUGGGAACAAUGGCUGAAGGAGGCUGGGGAGCGUGGCACUUUCGGCGAGAUGGUGCAAGCCAUUCGUUCGAACCAGCCCUUGACUCUUGUCGCCGACAAUGUCCGAAUCCCACACGGUCGCGGUGCGGCCCGUGUGGUGACAAGGGCCUUGUUCACAGUGCCCGACAGCAUUAUCGCAAACACUGCUCUUCCAUCUACUUCCAAUCAUGCCUCGGGCACGGCUCAAUGA